AUGCCCUUCGCGAGCGACGUCUCGAAGAUGAUGCUGGCGGCGCGGCCGUCACCAGCGGCGCGGCUGGGCGUCGCGCAGGGCGGCGGGAACUUUGCGCUUCGUCUUCAGGGUGGUGCGGCGCCGAGCGCGUCAGCGCUGCUGCCUGCGAGUCACGCGGGCAGCAGCGAUCACCACGCGACUCUGCCGAAGCAAGCUGCGCAAGUCUCCUUCCGGCACGGCGCGGCGCCCGCCGCGCAGCUCUCCGCCGCCGGCGGAAAGACUGGCGCGAACUUCUUGACCGCCGUCGCCGCUGGCGCCGCCGCGGGCGCGAAGGGCGGCGUGCCGGGGGUUCCUGCGCUCGAGGGCGCGCAGGUCGGCGGCGCCAAAGACGGGGGCAUGGCGGGGGGAAGUUGCGCCGGCGCGACGACGAUGACGGCGCUCUUUCGCGGCCAGCAGACGGGCGUCGGCUUCUUACUGAACAAGCUCGUGGAGGUGCUCAAGAAGGACGCAGGGCGCAGCUUCCACGUCAAGGAAGUCGAGAAAAUCCUCAUUCAGGCCGGGUUCUCCGGAAUCCACCUCUUCUUCCAACCAAACUCGGAGUUUUUGAAGCUGUUGAGCAGCAACGAGCGCAUCGCCUACAACCCGCGGACCCGCACUCUGGCUUUCCACAAUCCGUACCAAGCUAUCACGUCUUGCAGCGCCCUUCUGGCCAAAAUCCAGCACGAAGGCGCUCUCACAGGACUCAAAGUCGAUGCCGAGCUGCUGUGCGCCCACGCGGAAAUGACAAAUUGGAUAAACACGCUGCUUGCUUCUCGCAAAGUGCGAGCGAUUCGCUGCAACAACAAUCACUUGCGAGGAAAGCGAAAAUGCGCUGCCAUCGGGUCGACAGCGCUAGGUGUUGCGCCAAACACCGCGGCCGUCUGCGAUAUCUACGCGGCACGGAAAUGCGCCAACUGCCGGCAGAAUCUCUGCGGUGUCUAUCUGUACCCUCUCGGCGAAGAGGUCUACGAGCAAGCGCGCAUGGAUCUCGACGCCGAAGUCAAGGGCCUUUGGGAUUCCGUUGUCCUUCCGCCUCUGGAGGACAUCAUCAAGGAGUGCGAUCCAGGCAGAACGAUGGUGCGCCAGAACGCGGCUGCCGCAGCUCAAGAGAAGACGCAAUUGAAGCGACGCGCAGAGGCGAAACGGGUGUCCAGGUUCCGCAGCAAGUUCCGGCGAAUUCACAACACUCACUUGUUUACAGCUGACGAGCUUCGCGCCUUCACCAAUGCCCAGGCACCGCAGUAA